GAGCGCCCGCCGGGUUCAUCAGCAAAGCGAACGCGCCAUCAGCCUCUUCUCCUCCAUCCCUCGUUCAUCAAACACACCCUCCCUCAAGGUAGCUCAGCGAGACAUGUUUGAGGGCUGCAAAUUCAUUACCGGGCCUCGCUGAGUUCAGGUGCGCCACUGCCUUUUGCGCUUUGUUGCUGUCACGGCCGUGGCGCCGCCUUUGUCAAUCGUUUGAUUAUUACAGCUUCACCUCGCCAUUCGCUCUCCUUGAAGUCUCUCUGAAUCUUCUCAUUUCAUUACUGCUAUCACGAAAUUUCAAGAGUCGGCUUACAAGAAACCUUUCCUACGACCCAGUAACGAUGGCGGCCAUACCACCGAAUCUGGUGGCGAACGGGGAAUAUAAGAAGAAUUUGUCUGUCCACGUCAUUUGUCCCGAAUGCAAAGAGUUUCCCCCGAACCUUGAGUUUCCUGGCUCCCACGAGACUGUCUGUGGCUCUUGCGGUCUCGUCCUCGCCGAUCGCGAAAUCGAUGUUCACUCCGAAUGGCGAACCUUUUCAAACGAUGAUCAGGGCAACGACGAUCCGUCGCGUGUUGGUGAAACAUCCAACAUCUUGUUGAAUGGUGAUCAGUUGGAAACAACUAUUGCAGGAGGCGCUACUGGUAUCAAUCGACAGUUGUAUCGGGCUCAGAACAAGAUCUCCAGCGAGAGGAACAACAAGUCUCUGUUGGCUGCCUAUAGAGAGAUUGGCGCUUUGUGCGAUGGGUUCAACAUCAACUCCAACGUUGCUGAGACUGCGAAGCUUCUGUUCAAGAUUGUCGAUGACCACAAAGCGUUCAAGGGAAAGUCUCAAGAUGUGAUCAUCGCUGGCUGCAUUUUCAUUGCCUGCAGGCAAUGCAACGCCCCCCGUACAUUCUCCGAGAUCUUCGCUGUGACCAAAGUCUCUCGGAAGGAAAUCGGCAGAAUUUUCAAGGCGCUGGAAAAGUUCUUCAAUGAGAAGAACAGCGAAAAGAAGGCUACGGUUGGCACUGAUACCCUCAAACUGCAGACAUCCACCACAAACUUGAGCGAUCUUUGCGAACGUUUUGGUGGAUUCUUGGGAAUGGACUGGCGCGAAAUUCGUGCAGCCAUCGAUCUAUCUGACAAGGUGACCAAGGACGGCGAUCUUGCUGGUCGAUCUCCUCUAUCGAUCGUCGCUGCUUGCCUGUACAUGAUCUCGCACCUCUGUGGAGCAACCCGAUCUGCCAAGGAGAUUUCCAAUGUUGUUGGUGUUAGCGAUGGAACUAUUCGCGGCGCCUACAAACAACUUUAUGCAGAGAAAGAUCGCCUGCUUACUGAUGAAUUCGUCGAGAAUUACAACGGUGACAAGGCAAAUUUGCCGCCGAGCUAAAGACCUCUCAGGCUGGCCGAUUAUAUGCUGCUUUUUUUUACCAAUUUUUUUUUUGGGCAGUACCCAGAUCACUGGUUGGGAUUUUGGUUUUCUUGGCUUUACUCAAGUUUCAAGACGCAAACUAGAUUGGACAUACGAUCAGUCGUCUUUUUAUUGCUAUGUGUUUUCUAGAAUUUUUUCACUGACAGUAUAACAUCGAGAGAAAACAUUUAAAACAAUAGACAAUAAAAAUCAAGCUUUUAUCACAA